UAACUGGCGGCCUGCGACCCCCAUGUGCCACUGACUGUCCCUGCUUCAUGACCCUGCCGGAGGCCCAGUGAAGCCACCGCGGUGUCCAGCAUGGCCGCGCUGCUCCUGGGCGCGGUGCUGCUGGUGGCCCAGCCCCACUUCGUGCCUUCCAAACCCCAGCUGCCGCAGACCAUCAUCAUCGGGGUGCGCAAGGGCGGCACGCGCGCGCUGCUGGAGAUGCUGAGCCUGCACCCCGACGUGGCGGCCGCUGAGAACGAGGUGCACUUCUUCGACUGGGAGGAGCAUUACAGCCACGGCCUGGGCUGGUACCUCAGCCAGAUGCCCCCGUCCCGGCCGCACCAGCUCACGGUGGAGAAGACGCCAGCCUACUUCACGUCGCCCAAAGUGCCCGCGCGCGUGCACAGCGUGAACCCGGCCAUGCGGCUGCUGCUCAUCCUGCGGGACCCGUCGGAGCGCGUGCUGUCCGACUACACGCAGGUGUUCUACAACCACCUGCAGAAGCACAAGCCCUACCCGUCCAUCGAGGAGUUCCUAGUGCGAGACGGCCGGCUCAACGUGGACUACAAGGCGCUCAACCGCAGCCUCUACCACGUGCACAUGCAGAACUGGCUGCGCUUCUUCCCGCUGCGCCGCAUUCACAUCGUGGACGGCGACCGCCUCAUCAGGGACCCCUUCCCCGAGAUCCAGAAGGUCGAGAGGUUCCUCAGGCUGGCGCCCCAGAUCAAUGCCUCGAACUUCUACUUCAACAAAACCAAGGGCUUUUACUGCCUCCGGGACAGUGGGCGGGACCGCUGCUUGCACGAGUCCAAAGGCCGGGCGCACCCGCAGGUGGACCCCAAACUGCUGCAUAAACUGCACGAGUAUUUUCACGAGCCAAAUAAGAAAUUCUUCCAACUCGUGGGCAGAACAUUUGACUGGCACUGACUUCCGAGCUGCGGGGCCGGGGACCUUUCCUGAAUUGUAACUUCCGGGUUCUAUCUUGGGGGGGCGGGGACAGAGUUUUCAAAAGGGCAUUUAAGCUAUAAUUUAUUUGUAAAAUCCAUAAAUUACUUCUGUACAGUAUUAGAUUCCCAAUUGCCAUAUAUACUAGUUAUAUUUUUCUACUUGUUAAAUGGAGGGCAUUUUGUAUUGUUUUUCAUGGUUAUUAACAUGGUGUAAUAUAUGUCUCUAUAAGAAGGAACUAAAAAUGAUUUCACUGGGAGAAAAAAAAAGAUUUUUCUGGAGACGCUGUCUUUUUUUGAAUAUAAUUAUCUUGCCCCAAAAUCAAAAUAGCUGGUUGUGCUGCCCUUCUUACAGCAUCUAUAUUCUUUUGUUAGUGAAGAGGAAGGUGUUUUUCAUGGCUGUUAUGGUCCUCUCUGCCUUCUCUCAUUUCUGCGUUGCUCUUCUAAUUUUUAAUGUCUCGCUGUGGUCAUCAGAUUUAUAUUUUACUUGUAUCAGAGGAUUUGUUUUCACCAAUAAUUCUUAUUAGUUUUGGAGGUGAUCGUUUUACCUGUGCCAAAUAAAACCCAGUAUGUGGUUUUUAACCCUAUGUAAAAACUGAAAGUGGACAAGGAGAAAUUAAGGAUGGAGAAGCAGACAUAACUAGCAGGAGGUUCUCUGUGAUCUAACUUUGCCUCACAGACUAUUUGCAUGUAGUUCUGAUUUCGGUAACGAGGGAAACUUACCAUCAGCAAGAAUAAAACCUUGGCUUUCAACAUGAUCUUGGGUCUGCAUACUUUGCCCCAGGAGACAGCUGACCUCUAGAAAGCCACUCUGAAAAGAGAACAAAAAUUACAAAAUCUGUGCUUGUCUCUAUCUUUUAGAUUUUAUGAAAAGCCAGCAGGAGAGAUAGCCUUUAUAGCCUUUGCUUAGUCUGAUAAUUUAGUCCCCAAACGAUCAAUAUGCUUUUAUGGACAUAUAUCCCACACUCAUUAACAUGUAAGUAUGGGCGUGUUUCAAAAUCAACUCCAACUUUGGAAUCCUGAAUGUGAAAGACAUUUUCAGCUCCCAAGGGUUAAAGUUAUGAAGUGACAAGGGCGAGCAGAGGGCAAGGAAUAAGGCAGCCUGGCCCCCGCGUGCCAAAAGGGAAGCUUUCAUUUCUGCCGCUCCUCGAUCAGGCUGCCUUAUACAAUUGCAUACCCUGAGCUUUUUGUCCUGUGUAAAUAAAGCAUUCAUUACAAUAAGAAAAUAGAAGUAAGCAAACCAACACUGUUUCCUGGCAUAGUCUGUACUUAAGGAAGAGAAGAAGUAGACGUUGUGAUUAAUGGUCCCCUACACCUAAGGUCUCACUGAAGUUUCCCCACAAGCAGACUCAGGAUGAAGGAAUUAUUGUGGCAAGUUCAGAGGGGAGGAAAGAGGUGCCAACACACGGGGAACUCGCCCAAGGUCACAUUGACUAUAAGCCGGGACUUGAAAUCCAUUUGCAACUAAAGCAUAGGAAGUUUAUUUAUUUAUUCAUUUCUACCCAGAUGUUUCUAAACUCUGAAGGAAAAAGGCUCAGGGUCAAACAGAGUUCUUCCUGACUCGACCUGACUUUUCUGCCCUGUUGCCAAAAGCCUUCCACCCUAAGAGGUGUGCUGGAGCUGGAGGAAGGACAAGAAGGAGCCUGCAUAUUCUCUGCAGCCUUAUCGGGGAAGUGAGUCACCUUGGUUGGGUUUCAGCAGCCCCAGCCUGCCUUGACCUUAGUGUGGCCCAUGCUCCACCCCAGGCCUUGCAGGGACAGCAGAAAGAAUGCUUCCCUUUCAGAGCCAUGAAGGUUAUCAUUAACCCAGCACGUCCCCAGAGGGGAGAUUUAUAGCAGUCUUCCGGUGGGAGUGGCACUUGGCAAUACGCAGAGUGCUUCGCUCUGCAGCACAUGAUGGAAGCUCGCUUCUAUCAGCCAUGUAGGAGCUGGAGAAUGAGAGCCAGGAAAGGUUCAGUAGAGUUCCAAAGGCCGCUUACAAAUGUAGAAACUACAGGGAGACACUGAGGAGAAUCUCUGAUGGCAGAAAGCGAUGCUUCUCAAACCACCUAUGGAUUUUUCAGCCAGGAACGGUUGGGAUGAAGGAACAAAACAGGACCAAUUCAUUCAUAUAUUGGUGUCACCCCAGUUAGUUACUGUAAAGAUACAGGGAAUAGGGAACCAGAGUUUCAGCUCUCUCCACGGUGUUUAGAUUCCAUCUAGCGCUGAUUUACUCAGAUGAGGCUGUAUCAGACCCAGGUCUUGUAGGGCCGAGGUGCAGCAAUUCAGGAGCCAGCAUCAGGUCCUUCCUGAGUGUAUUGGUCAUGAUUCCCAUUGCUGAGACACAAUGCUGACACCCGCCAUUUAAAGGAGCAGAGGUGUUUCGUUUGGCUUAUGGUUCAGCACAUUCACUCCGAUGAAGAAAUGGCUUGGUGGAAGGAAGGGUGGGGGAAAGAUGCUCACCUCCCAGCAGCCAGGGAGCAUAGAGAAUAGAGACACACUCUCCAAAGGCACGGCUGCCUGCGGGGACCCAGCUCUUCAUCCAGGCCCCAGCUCCUCACUGCACAGUUAGCUAUGAACUUAUCCAGGGAUGCAUGCACUGAUGAUCACGGAGUCCCCAGGAUCCAGUCACUUCAGAAGUGCACCUCUGAACCCAUGAGACCUUUGGAGGACCCUGUAGAUCUAAACUCUAUCACUGAACACGCAUAACAGCAAUUCUAUUACGAAAGACAGUUGCUGACUGGAGACACUGAGGCUCCUGCCUGGACUCGGGGCCCUGGGCAGCCUGGGAAGCUCUAGCUGGGUCCUUCCAGAGGGCAUUUGACAGCAGCUGCGUGUGGGAUUUGGAGUCUUCAGAGCUUGUGAUGUUCCUGAGUCAGAGCAGUGCCUACCCCUCCUUCCUUCAGGAGCCAGAUAGAACUGCAAUCCUGGCAGCACUGUGUGGCAGCACACAGCCUGGAAAUUGGCUAGAUUAAGAAAAGUGAUGAUGUGCGCCGAGCACAGGCUGCCUUGCUCCUUCUACCCUGGGAGACGCUUGCUCAGGCUAAGGGAGAAGCAGGAGAAAAGAGGCCAACACUCAGCAUGCUUGUUGCUUACAAGGAUGGGGCCAAAGGUCACCACUUUUCAUUGGCUCUUUGAGUCUCUACUCUGUGACAAACAUGGUCUUAAUUCCAGAAGAAAAGAAAAAGAAAGCGCAUCGGGAAGUCAUGGUCAGUAAUUGUUUGUUCUGUUUUAUUUUUUUUAAAAAGAGGGAAUAGGAGGGGGAAGGGAAAUCACCCCUCACCAUGCCAUGUACAGACUGGGCAGUCGAACUGUGUUCCACGGCUUGACGUGAAUCCAGCUUCAUCCCUAGGAUGAGUCAAGGAGCCAAGUUACAGAGCAGAAGAAACAGACAGUAAGAGGUUGUCACUGCCAGGCAAUGGGGCUCAUACCUGAAAUCCCAGUGGUCUCAGUCAGGAGGAGAUCAAGUUUGAGCCCUUUAACAAGCUCCUGUCUCAAAAUAAGAAAUAAGAAGGGUUUGGGAUGUAGCUCAGUGUAAAGGACCCAGAUUCGAUCCUUAACACCACAAAAAGAAAGAAAAAAAAAAAAGCUUGCCAUGUCUGCAAGUCAUUUGUUUAGAAGAAAGAGAAAUACUGUUCACUCUGAGGGCAUAGUUGACCAGUGACGGGGACAGUGGCCAUCUGGUAUGACACAGGUAUGGCAUAACAAAGAUUCUUCCCAGAAUAAUAUUUCAGAACUAGUAAGAGAAGAAGAAUCUUCCCAAAGGUCAUAAGGAGCUCUGAGCAGUGUCACUGGACCUGCAUUUAUGGUCUCUUUCUGGAAAGGCUUCUCCACAGAGCAGUCAGAUGACAGAAGACAGCGGUGUUGCCGUGCAGGUCAUCCUGGUAAGGACAUCUUCAGGAAUCAGGAGCAAUGGGGAGGGUGAAGAAGAUAGGGGAGAUACAGGGAAGACUGUGUGUAGCAGGCAGGCCCCAUGCUGGUCAGGUACUUGUGGCCUUGACAGCUACUUUCCAACAGUGGGGUGUGGGAAGCUCACUGAGCAGGCACCGUGUGCCUUCGAUUCCUGGGCAGGUGUUUCUGUUGCAUAAAAAUAGCUAUCAUUUAUUGCACACCUGCUAAGAGCUUGGUAUUUUAAAUAUGUUGCUUCUAACCCACAUAACAAUUCGAGAAGUAGGAAAUGGCUCGCUCAUUUAACAGAGGAGAAAAUUUGUAGAUUAAAAGCUUUACCUGUGAGGCCAGAGUCAUCACUGGCUGCAACUGGAAUUUUUCUCUAAUGUCCCAGCUCUGAUAUUUUCUGUACAACCAAUUGUGUGUAAGGAUAGAAGAAAGUAAUGCAUGAGUCUCUGUCUAUAAGGGAGAGCCAGAAAGGGACACAUAUAGACAUCUAGGAUGCUAGGCAGGACAGACAGAUGCUAGGCAGGACAGACAGAUGCUAGGCAUGAUGCAUGCAAGGGGACCUUCAAGCAAAGUGGUUGGGACUUGAUAUAGAGAAAUGUAGGAAAACAGACUUCUACUGGGAAAAAUGCACUGGGGUCACCUCAGCCUGCUCUGCAGAGCACCCCACACGGGGGACAAGAUGAAAGGACCAAGGCUUAAGAUGUCAUCUACUUUACUUGCUUGAUUGAAGUAUUUUGACAUUGGAAAUGUCUGUCACCUUGACAUUAAGAUCUUUACACCAUUUUGCCCAAAUUCUGGAGUGA